AUUCAAAACUGAAAUGUUUCCAUUUCCAUUUUCCCAUUAUUUUCAGUUAUCACGAAGAAAACAUGAAGUUCUUCCUGAAUCGUCUUCGUCUACGAAAUCGUCGUCGUCACCACAACCAAAACCCUAACACUGACCUCAACCUCACAAUUUCUCCUUCUACGCUUUCUGAAUUAGCUCCUGAAUCCGGCGACAUACAAGAGGAGGAAGCGGCGGGGGCCUCUUCCUCCGCUAUGAUGAGCUCUGAUAAGGACGAAGAAGAGGAAGAAAUUGGAUACGAAUCUCCGGAGAGUGAGGAUUCGGUGGACACUACGGCGUCGUUUUCAGUGGCCGAGGAGAUUGAGGAUGAGCAGGACGGCAAUCAUGGACGGACAAUUGAGGACGAGAACCGUGGGGAGUCGGAUGGUGCAUCUUCGAAGAGCCUUGUGGUUGUUGAGACGGAUAAUGCGUUUAUGAGGACGGAAAAACCUCCGACUGACGAUUGUUGUCCAAUCUGCUUUAGCAAUUUUGUGGUUCCUUGCCGAGGUCCCUGUGGCCACUGGUACUGCGGAGGUUGCAUUUUGCAGUACUGGAACUAUGGUGCCGCACUUCAGCCUUGUAACUGCCCCAUGUGUUCGAGGAAGAUUACUGAUUUGACACCUGAGGCAUCAUUGUACAGUCAGCAGGAUGCUGAAGUAAUUGAGGUCUUAAAAAAAGUUAGAAAGUAUAAUCGCCUUUUUGUGGGUGGCACGUAUGGCCUCAUGCUGAAGGUGCUUGGUCUGCCCUUUUACAUGAAAAGAGUGUUUAAUGAAAUGAUGAAUCCUGAUAGGCCUGGUGCUCAUUUGAACAAAUUGCGAAUUUUUGCUGUCAUCAAAAUGUCAUUGAUGUCUUUGAUUAUUCUGCCAUUGCACUUUCGUCAGUGUUAUAUUUGGUUGGACUUUACCUUCGACGAAGGCGUUUUCGGCAUGUUAGGGACAUGGCUGCUGCAGAUUUUGCUGCUAAUUAACAGCUGCCAAGUGAUGAAGCAGACACUUGUAGUCAACUCAUUGUGGAGCUUGAAGAUUUUGGAUUUUCAAAGAUCUUGCUCUCCUUUUGUGGGUUUUCGAUGUCUUCGAAGUGUGCUUUGUCAAGUUUGAGACGGUCUUGCCUUACGUUUGCCUGCCAUUCUGUACAGAUAGAUAUGUAUAGUGUAUACUCAUUUAGUUAAUCUCUUUUCCAUUUUGUCACAUGUUGAAUCAUGCCCGAAAGCCUGAAAUAAGAAUAUAUACCUAUCAGAAAACUGCUAGAGUGUUGUACUACUUGCGAGUUUACGACCUUGCUUGAACAAGCCCUGUUCUAUAGGCUCUUGCCACUAUUUCCUCGAGUUCUAAGGAGUUUGUUUGUAGUA